AUGGAUGCAGCAGCUACCAGCUUUAGCAGCAGGAUGAGCAAGAGGUGGUCUCUCCAAGGACAGACUGCUCUCGUCACCGGUGGCACCAAAGGACUCGGAUAUGCUAUCGUGGAGGAAGUGGCAGCCCUAGGGGCCACUGUCUACACAUGCUCCAGAAAUAAGGCAGAGCUUGAUAAUUGUUUGAAGGGUUGGAAAGAGCUGGGUCUGCAAGUAACCGGUUCGGCCUGUGAUUUGACCUCUGCAUCUGAAAGAGAGAAGCUAAUGCAGGCCGUAUCCUCUCAAUUCAACGGAAAGCUUAACAUCCUGAUCAACAACGCUGGGGCAAAUGUAGUUAAACCCACUCCGAAGUUCACGGACGAAGAUUACUCCCUUCUGAUGCGUACAAACAUGGAGUCGGCAUUCAGCCUGAGCCGACUUGCACAUCCUCUUUUGGCGAAUUCCGGGGCAGGAACGAUCGUGUUCAUGGGAUCUGCUGCGGGUAUCACAUCUCUAAAUGUUGGCAGCAUAUAUGGGAUGACCAAAGCUGCAAUGGUUCAACUAACCAAAGAUCUAGCAUGCGAGUGGGCAAAGGACAACAUAAGGAUCAACUGCGUUGCACCUUGGUUCAUCAAGACUGCCAUUAAUGAGAGCUACUUUGAGAGCGAGGAGUUCUCAAAGGCAGUGAGAGCUCGAACUCCCAUGGGACGAACUGGAGAGCCAGAGGAGGCGGCAGGGUUGGUUGCAUUCCUCUGCCUUCCGGCGGCCUCUUAUAUUACCGGCCAGACUGUUGCCGUUGAUGGGGGAGCCACUGUCCAUUGCUUCACUCCACCUGGAAGUGGAAGGUCAUGA